UUGUAUCGCAUCGCAUUGAAUCAUAAUCAGCAAGAACUGAUAAUAAUGAAUUGUCUGCUUUAUUUUAACUUAAUCAUUUUCACUACGAAUAUACAGAAUUUUCACAAAUCGUAAAUGGCAAAUUGAUUGAAAAAUUUUACAAAGAUCUAUCAGUAUCAAACAUUGUUUAUUUGCACACAACUACUUCUCUAAAAUGUUUAACUUGGAACGUUUCAUUAAAACAACCAUAGUAUCCACGAGUUUCAUAAAGGAACUUAUAAAUCAAAACAAAAAAAUCAAGAAUGUUAUUGCACCUAUAUGUCAUAAAUAUGUCACGAGAAAAUGUUCUACAUCUUGCAAUGACCAAAUGAGUCAAUGGGAACAAAUAAAAUCUAAUUAUUCAAAUAAACAGCUGCAACUUGUUUAUGAAACAUUAGAUACAUGUAAUACAAAACAGAUGAAAAGAUGUGGACUUUCGGAAGAUCAAAUUAAACUUUUGAAAUCUAAUAAGGAAAAAGACCAUCAAUCAUUAGAAGAUUUCAUUUUACUAAAUACAAUUGAAGUAAAUGAGUUAGAAAAUAUCUGUUCAACAAUAAUAUCUAAAAAUGAAUACAGGCCAAGGAAAUCAGCUGUUACGCCUCCCAUAUCUAAAGAUGAUAUACACAAAAUUCAAAAUGUUGUUGGUCUUCACAUUGGUAAUAAAUACUUCACAUUCUGUCAAGUUCAUUCAAUGGGAUCAUCUUGUGAUAUAGCUUUGUGGAAAUUAAAUAGCAUUUCAGAAAUUUUUCAAGCAAAUUCUAAUGUAGAUGCAAUAAAAAUGGCAAUGAAUAUUGCUCAAAGUAUUCCAUAUGCUGAUGCAUACAUCAUUGAAAAAGAGCAAACUAGAUCUCAAUCUAAAAUAACCGUUCCUGCACAUAGGACCCUAGUGCGACAGCAAUUAAUAUCUUCAACUAUUUUAACUUCAUUGUUAUGUAGGCAAAUGAAUGAUAAUUUACAACAAGAAACACAAGAUCAUGGUUCUUUAUAUUCUUUACGUCCACUGGCAUCUUCUCAACUCUUUAAAUUAAUGUUUGGAAAUGAAAGUGUAUCAUCAAAUGACAUAGUUCAAUCUUUGUUUUCUCAAGAAGAUGUUGGGCUAAAAUAUGUAUCAUUUGUUACGUUAUCAGAUGAAUUAUUGGAUUUCCACUCGCGAUUAGAUAAUUUUAAGCAAGAAGAUCUAAAUAAAUCACUACUGAUAGCACUGACAUUUUUGGAAACAGAAAUUUUAGCAAGAAGCCUUUAAAUUAAC